GCACAGUAGGAGGAAACUGAUUCCAGAUUAGGGUUGACUGUAAAAAGGAUCAUCUUGGGGCAAAAAGGGAUGAUAAGAACCACACCGGGGAUAUUGUCUGUUUAAGCAGCUCUAGCUUGAGAAUUGAUUGAAAACUGCCAUCUAUGCACGACUACUACUAUGUUCUGAUCAGGUCUUUGUUUUUACGCUGCAGGAUGACUUCACCAGUGCAUCACGAGCUCGGAGAAAGGCGCAUGCGCUAUGGACCAAAAGGGACAAGGGCUUACGCUCGCAAGCCCUACCGUGACGCUUGGGGCGAUGUGGUACCUGCACUCUUCCCAGACGAAGAGGAAAUGGAGUUCGCGGAGCCGCCGAACGCCCCCAUCCAGGAGACGACCGUGAGGCGUCGGAUUUUGAUGCCCCAUUCCCAGCGGGCAGCCGAGUACAGGCGAUUGUACCAGGGUCAUGGUACUUUCCAGUUUGCACCUGAAGUUGACACGACGCCGCCCACAAGGGGUCGAGGGCGCCCAAGGAAGACAUGGCCGACCAGGGAAGGUCCGGGAUCGAUCCGGAUGGAGGACAGUGUACCAACGAGGAAACGGGGACGCCCAAAGAAGAUUCCGAGCAUUGAUGCAGAGAGUCUGAGGAGAAUAACUGGAAUAUGUCGGUGUGGAACAUUGACGCAGGCCAGGCAAGGACCGCGCUCAGUCCGGGAGUACACAGAGGAAUUCCUGGAGUCAGCCAAAAGAUGCAAGCCCAAGAUAGCGGAGGAUUGGUGCCGGUGGUACAAGGCAGGACUCCGCGAGGAGAUUCAGGGUAAGCUGAUUGGUGUGUUGGAACCAUGGGAAUUCGCCUUGGUGAACCGGAUGGCCGGUCAGGCAAUGGAGGCUGAACGGACACUUACUCGUCGGGUCGUCGCUAUCUCGAGCUUUGAGGAGGACUUAGAGGUGGAAGAGGAUCCAUCAGAGGACUCAGACUGGGAAGAGGAGCCGGCGUCGCCGACGGGGAGUGGCCGUGUGGCUGGUCCUAAGCCGGACGGGGAGCAGAAGUCUCCAGUUCGAAGUGGCUAGCUGUGAUUCCAGAGUCAGCUAGUAGGAGUAGGACCUGGUUUUUCUUCUUUGAUUUUUAGCUUGUCAUUCUUGUUAUGAGGUUAAUCGCGGAUUUUGGCGAUACCUUGAGACCUAGUUAUUCGUUGUAGUCCUACUCCAUUUCAUUUAUUAAAUUCAUUGUUGGUUUUAAAUGAUCUUGAGCAAGUAGGACGUCUCUUUCGUGCUUCCCUUGAUUGUGUUUGGAAACUCGCCCUUGUUUUGGGAUGUUAAGUUCGAACUGAAGGUUUGGAAUUCGGGACGAAUUCCGAAUAAGAGGGGGAGAAUUGUAACACCCCAAAACCAGCCCAAUUAAAAAAUUUUAAAAGCUAAUGGGUUCUCUACAGCCCAACUAGAAAACCCUAAGGUUUUCCCUUUUCCUCACCUUAUAAAAGCAAGCCUCCACCCCUUAGACUCCCAUCAGAAAUUUAGAAGCGAAGCCCUGCGGAGAAUCACCGGAGAUCAGAAGCCCUAGCCGUCGACUCUUUCUCUCUUCCCCGCGCCGUCUCUCUCUUCCUUCUCUCUCCCUGCGCCGCCUCUCCUCUCUUUCUCUCUCUUCGCCGCGACUCUUCUCUCUCUCUCCUCGCCGCGCCUCUUUCUCUCUCUCAGACGACUCUCUCUCUCCUCGCCGUGAGCAGCCGCGAGUGGUGGGGGUAACCGUGUGGCGUCGUCGAUCUCAGAUCUCACCUCUCUUGCAUCUCAGAUCCAUCCAGAUCUAGGCUAAGAACCAUAAGUGGAAAUGCCGACGGUAAGGAAGGAAAUGCACCUGAAACUCAUGGGACCAGAAACGGGACACACGGAGAUGUCGGAAAAGUAGACAUGUGUGUCCUAAACCCCGUGCCCUGGAACCCCGGUUGGAAAUGGGGAGGGACGGGUGUUUCAAGCUGCACAGAAGCUUGGCUCCAUUCUGUAUAUUUCAACACCAUGCUGUUUGUUUGAAAUUAUACACUAGUUUUGGCUAUAUUAGUACGGUACUCUCAGACGUGUUCGAUCCGUGGUUUAGAUGAAUCAAAUCUACUAUUUUAAGAUAUCUCGAUAAUGUCAAACUUGUCUGUUUUAAAAAUGAUCUAUUUUAGAUUUUCAGAAUUCAAUAUGAUUUUUUUUUUAAAAUCUUAUUGAACAUGUCAAUAUACCCAAAGAUAUUGAAUGCGGCGAAAAGCAGGUGAUUUGUAUGAACAGCUAUUUUCGUCAAAUUAAAAAUCAGUUGUGAUUUAAAUGUUUGUUUAUUCUUUCCUCAUUUCAGAAAUCUUUUUGACUAUUUCAGAUAAUCAAAAUAUUAGAGCAAAUGAUAGAAGAAGAA